UCUCUUCUCUUCAAACCAGGAGCGCCGCGUUCCCUAUACGCCACAAAUCCCUCUCUCUCUCUCUCUUUCUCUCUUCCUUUCAAAAUCCCCAUCAAAUCCUUCUCUCUCUCUUCCUUUCAAAAUCCCCAUCAAAUCCUUCUCUCUCGACCUUUUAAAUCUUCCCUAUCUCCCCCCCCCUCUCUCUCUUGAUUUCAAAUUCCCUCUCUAUCUAUCCUGUUAAAAUAUUUUCAAUCUCUCUCUCUCUGUAAGUAAUGGCAAAGCCUAAGAGCAGAAGGGGAGAUAAGAGAAAGAAAAACGAGAGCAAUUCACCUGAAGAGCUUCCAAAGCGUUCAACAAAAGCUUCCCGAGGUGGAAAGAGAGUCAAGGCUCCUGCUGCUCCUAAACCUAUAGAAGAGCCUGAAAUCAUAGAGGAUCAGAGGAAUUUGGAAGAUCUAUGGAAAGCAGCAUUCCCCGUUGGCACUGAGUGGGAUCUAUUGGAUUCUGUAUACAAGACCAACUGGAACUUCUCCAAUCUGGAGAAUGCAUUUGAAGCGAAUGGAGUUCUUUAUGAGAAGACUCUGUAUAUUUUUGGCUGCACAGAACCUCAAAUGAUCGACUUCAGUGGUACUCAAAAAAUCAUUUGUAUUCCUGUCGUUGUGGCUGUGGUCUCCCCAUUUCCUCCUUCUGACAAGAUAGGGAUAAAAUCUGUGCAAAUGGAAGGUGAAACAAUAGUACCAAUGAAAGAAAUGAAAAUGGACUGGGUUCCAUACAUUCCUUUCGAGGAUAGAGGUAUUUCUGUGGAGCGGUUGAAGUCUCAAAUCUUUACUUUGAGUUGCACACAGAGAAGGGCCGCCCUAAAGCACCUCAAGACGGAUCGCAUCAAGAAAUACGAUUAUUGCCUGCCAUAUUUUUACGAUCCUCGGAAGGAGGAUGAUACGGAACUGGAAACAACAGUUCAAUUAAUGUACCCCAUGGAACCUCCUGUUGUUUGCGAAUUUGAUUGGAGUUUUGAUGAAGUUGAGGAUUUUACUGAUGAUCUGAUCAAGGAGGAGAAACUCCCUGAAGAUCAGAAAGAGAAAUUCAUGAACUAUGUCAAGGAGCAAGUAAGAGAAGCAAAGAAGCAGCAGCGGGAGGCAAAGGAGGCUCGCAGGAAAGCAAUCGAAGACAUGAGUGAGGAGAAGAGAAUUGGCCUCCAGAACAUGCGAUUUUACAAGUUCUAUCCUGUUCAGACGCCAGACACCCCCCCUAUACCAAACAAGUGUUCAUACAUAAACCGGUAUUACGGCAAAGCACAUCAAGUUCUGUGAGGCGAAGUAAUCCAUCAAAAUGCAUUUGGCAGUUUCAUUCGCUCGAGGAAAUUGAGCAAAAGUUUUGUUCACUAGAUGGACAUGCAAUGGGCCUUGCUUAAUAUGUUAAUACCAUUGAAAAAGGCGGCCUCGUCCUCGAUCAUGAUCAAUCACUAGUGGCCCCAUUCUCAGGUGCUUCCUAGGCAGGCUUAGGCCUCAUUGAACAUUGUAACGUGAUUCCACAUCAUGUGACAUUAGCUUAGACCUUAGAGGAAUAAUUGAAAGCAAUUUUCUUUAGCCUUGAUAUUGCAAGAAUUAGAAACAGAACUGUUGAAACUAGAUGAAUGUAUCAUCCGAGGUCUUUUCUAAAACGUAUGCUUUUAGAUUUCUGUC